AAUCUAGAUCAAUUCGGAUUUAUCCGGCCAGCAUGUAGCUAUUACAGCACCAUUCACAGCAUGAAAGGUGCAGGAUGAAGCUCGACAAUAUAAUCUUGCAUCCAAUCUGGAAACUCUGGUUGAAGCCUGUGUACUCACUUGCCCCCACCUCCCUCCUCCUCUUCUUCCUCCUCCUCCUCCUCCUCCUCUUUCUCACUCAGCCUCCCGCUGUCUCUAUCCAUGGCGCAUCUCCAUCCUUAACUCCUGCACCCGCUCCUCAGGAUCACACAUAAAACCAAAAGAAAAGCAGUGUUCCGCACCAGUAGCACAAUAAAGCAGGCUCGCGAUAUCAUUUCAGCCCGUGUAAAAGGCUCACAAGAAGUUCAACGUUCCGUCCAUGCAGACUCUUAACGUCGCGUCAUUUACCAGGGUGAGAAGGAUGUAGCACCAACGGGGUGGGGGAAGAGGAUGGAGUGUUCCUGGAAGACAGUGCUGCUGCUGGUGUGUGCCUCAUUGGGGGUCCAGUACACAGCCAUUCGCACCCUGAGGGACUCGCUGUCUGGACCCUGUCAGGGUGUUUACCAGUGUCAGAGCAGACAUCACAGAGAAUCCAAUUGGAGAACCUUGUGUGAUGACAGUUGGAUGUCCAUGGAAUCCCCUCAGAAGCACAUCCUGCUGUUUGCCACCACACGCAGCGGUUCAUCCUUCACUGGUCAGCUGCUCAACCAACACCCUGAGAUCUUUUACAUGUUUGAACCUCUCUACCACAUCCAGCAAGCAUUCACAAAUUCCAGCGGGAGGAUUCGUCGUACUUUGGACCGCCGGGCCCUGCUGGGCGCGUACAGAGACCUUCUGCUCAAUUUGUACAAAUGUGACCUUCACUUUAUCGAGAGUUACAUCCGCCCUGAGCCUCAGGACCACGUCACUAAUUCCUUCUUUCGUAGAAGCUCUAGUCAUGCCCUUUGUUCUCCUCCUGUGUGUCUGGAAGGAGGGAACGGAGCAGCACUCGAGCCUCCUGAGGAAAGUUGGUGUACCAAGAAGUGCGGAAACUUGAACCUCACCUUGGCAUCAAGGGCGUGUCUGUCAAGAGGCCACGUAGCCAUAAAGACAGUUCGGAUCCCCAAGGUGAGUGACCUGCGAACUUUGGUUGAAGAUCCACGUCUGGACCUAAAGAUCAUCCACCUGGUGAGGGACCCUAGAGCAAUUCUCGCCUCACGCAUCACAGCAUUUUCAGAUCAGUUUCGGGCUUGGAAAAUAUGGAACGCGACGGGGCGGCAACCGCGAUAUGUGGACCUAUCGCAGAUCACAAGCACCUGCCAGGACAUGGUGGCAUCCGCAGAAGCAGGAUUGGCGAGACCAGCUUGGCUGCAGGGCCGUUAUCUUUUAGUGAGGUAUGAAGAUUUAGCAUUUAACCCCAAAGACAUGGCUGACAAGAUCUAUCAGUUUAUUGGCCUAGAGUUGGAGGACAGGGUGCAGACAUGGAUUACAAGAAACACCAACAGUAAUGUGUUUGCUCCAUUUGAUUGGAAUUACAAGUACUCCACCACCAGAGACUCCAGAAUGACGGCUGCGAGUUGGAGGCUUCGUUUGGACCAUGAUAUUGUCAGAACUGUGCAAAAUCUGUGCAAAGACACUUUGGCCCUGCUCGGAUACAAACUUGUUCAUUCGACAGUCCAACUAAGGAACUUGUCCCAUAGUCUAGUUGAACCCAACCCAUUUCAACCCAAUCUUUCUCAAAAUUGGGUAACGACCAAAAAUGGUCAGGGCGGUACAUAAUUUAUCCAUAAAGAUAUUUGUAUUUAUUUGUUACCUGUGGGGCUAUUUUCAUCUUUUUAAAUCAUUGAUUUCUAACUAAAGAUUUAGUUCUUGGACCAAAAAGGUUUAAGAAACCCUCCAACCAGUAAUAAUAAUAAUAAUCAUAAUCAUAAUACAUGUAACAAAGUAUAAGGAUGUAUUAAUAGAUUGUUCUUUUUACUGGUGAUUCAAUGCUGUGCAGAUGCUAAAAUAAAGAAACAAAAUACAUAAUCUGUUCAUAUUUUACCAUUUCAAUACAGAUGUGCCAGAUAUCAAAAGGUGUGACAUGCACAGAUUUCGACUAAACUACUCAGUAUAUUGCUGUGUGUUGCAGUUAUGUGGGAAUUAAUAUUUAUCUAAUGUCACAUUACUGCUGUAAAUCAAACAAGCAAAUUAUGUGCAUACCGGGAGGGCAUCGGCCAUUAUAAUUUGAAGUAUAGUUUUAAUAAUGCCGUUGGAAAUAAAUGUCAAUAAACGAGUGAAAUCCAACAGUGAUUUUAGACGAAUGUAAA